AUGACUUCCCAAAGCCACAAAUCAUCACUCAGCCGAAGAUGACCGUGGCUGUGAUGGGCAAGGAUAUCCGGUUCACGUGCUCAGCAGCCAGCAGCAGCAGCUCCCCGAUGACGUUUGCCUGGAAAAAGGACAAUGAGUUCUUGGCCAAUGCAGACAUGGAGAACUUUGCGCACGUCCGUGCACAGGAUGGGGAAGUGAUGGAGUACACCACCAUCCUGCACCUCCGCCGUGUCACUUUUGGGCAUGAGGGCCGCUACCAAUGUGUCAUCACCAACCAUUUUGGCUCCACCUACUCGCAGAAGGCCAGGCUCACUGUGAAUGUGUUGCCAUCGUUUACCAAAAUACCCUAUGACAUUGCCAUCCGGACUGGCACCAUGGCCCGCCUCGAAUGUGCUGCGACCGGUCACCCUAACCCCCAGAUUGCCUGGCAGAAGGAUGGCGGCACUGACUUCCCUGCAGCUCGCGAGCGACGCAUGCACGUCAUGCCAGAUGACGACGUAUUCUUUAUCACUGACGUGAAAACAGAUGACAUGGGGGUUUAUAGCUGCACUGCCCAGAAUGUGGCUGGCUCCAUUUCUGCAAAUGCCACCCUGACUGUCUUAGAGACACCAUCCUUGGCAGUGCCCUUGGAAGACCGUGUGGUGUCUGUGGGAGAAACGGUAGCUCUGCAGUGCAAGGCAACCGGGAGCCCUGCACCCCGCAUCACCUGGUUCAAAGGGGACCAUCCCCUCAGCCUCACUGAGCGGCACCACUUCACUCCAGGCAACCAGCUACUCGUCGUUCAGAAUGUGGUGGCAGAGGACGCAGGCCGGUACACCUGUGAGAUGUCCAACACCCUGGGCACAGAACGAGCUCACAGCCUGCUGAGCAUCUUGCCCACCCCCGGCUGCAGGAAGGAUGGGACCACCGUGGGCAUCUUCACCAUCGCUGUGGUGUGCAGCAUCGUUCUGACGUCGUUGGUCUGGGUGUGCAUCAUCUACCACACUAGGAAGAAGAGCGAGGAGUACAGCGUCACCAACACAGAUGAAACCAUUGUGCCACCAGACGUACCAAGCUACCUCUCUUCUCAGGGGACUCUUUCUGACCGACAGGAAACUGUGGUCAGGACUGAGGGUGGCCAUCAGGCCAACGGGCACAUCGAGAGCAAUGGUGUGUGUCUGAGAGACGCAAGCCUCUUUCCAGAAGUUGAUGUGCGCGGUGUUGCAUGUAGGCAGCCCAAACUCUGCAUUGGAUGUAACAGAGAGCCCUGGAAAGUGACGGAGAAAACCGCCAGGACAACUGGUCCACACAAGAUGGAACACAGUGGCCCUGCUAUCUGCAGUGACUGCAACACUGAUGUGGACAGUUACUCCAAGGAGCAAGCGUUCCAUCCUCAGCCUAUGUCUAGAGACAGUGCACAACCAAGUACAUUAAGUGGCCAGGAGCCCAAACAGAGUGAUGGAGAACUUUCUUCCCCUCAUCCUGGGAGUGGGACUGCUGAUGGCUCUCAUGCUGACUGCAGGCAGUCCCUCUACCCCAGUAACCAUGACAGAAUGCUGCCCUCCUUGAAGAAGCAGCCAGUGCCAUCCCUGGACGGAAAAGGGGAUUCUUCUUGGACUUUAGCAAGGCUGUAUGAACCAGACUCCACAGACCUACAGCCUUCAUCUGUGUUAACUUCAGGCAACCCGGAGCUCACAGAUGCCUCCUUGGGCUUUCUUGCUGUCCCCAGUGAAGCCCAGCACUUGCUUGUUUCCAAUGGCCACCUCCCCAAGGUCUGUGACUCCAGUCCUGAGUCCACGCCACUGACAGGACAGUUCCCUGGCACACGGAGGGGACCAUUGCUAUUGGCACCGAAAAGCUAGGCUUCGUCUACCUCAGCUCUUGUCAUAGUAGUC